UAGUUGGAGUGAAAUAGCUAAAGAUGAUGUAGAUGAAAUGUGGAAACAUAUGAAGGAUGCAUUAAGUUUAUCUGAUGAGGUUAAGGAAUAUGCAAUGAAGCAAAUUCAAUCUCAAUACAAAAAUAAGCUUUAUCAUUUACAUCAACUAUAUCUCAAAAAGAAGGGAAGGCCAAAAAAUGUAUCUCCUGAUGAUUGGAAUUGGUUAAUCAAUAAUAAGUGGAGUGAUUUAAAAUUUCAGGAAAGGAGCUUAAAAAAUAAAGUUAAUCGAAGCAAGCAAGAGAUGAAAUCAAUUACCGGUACAAAAUCAAUUGUGCAAAAGGCAUUUGAAAUGAAACAAGAAUCCAAAGCUGAUGAAUGGCCAAACGCUAUGGAAGUUUGGAAAGCAACACGUAUGAGAUCUAAUGGGACUUGGUGCAUUCCAAAUGGAGAACAAAUUAUGGUAAGUAAAAAGAUAUUUUAUAGAAUUUAUGUUGUUAUUAAAUAUAAAACAUUAAUUAUAUAUGUUGUAUGUGACAUAUUAUAUAUAGUUGCAAUUUUCUUUAUGUGUUGAUAGUUAGUAAUAAUG